AUGCCGUUCGACCAGUCCCCCUUUACCCAGACGAGCAGCACCAGUGGUCGUUACCGCAACAGCCGUUUUUCCCUCGCCCAGGUCGAGAUCCCCGGCUACACCCCUCGUGCGACUCAUGAGACCUGGACCAUGCAGCGGCAUGAAGAUUUUUUGAGAGAAAAACAUACUCGAGUCCUCUCACCAGGUGCCUCUGUAGUGGUGGAGCCUGAGUUUUACCACACCUCGAGAUUCGAUUCAACUCUCAACUUGGAGAAACAGGUAUUCCGCUACAUGGUUGACCUCAACAUGGACCCUCGCAGCACAUCUCGCCAUCGAAGAAUCGAGUGGCCCACGCUAAAUCCGACCAUCCUCCCUCAUCUCGCUGGCGGCCCUCUCACCCAACGCCCGGCCAGUGCACUCGCUCCAAUCCCAGAGGCAGCUGCAGCUGUCGUUCAGAAAGAGAUCUUGAAAUGCGACUUCAAACAAGUAAUCAUCGCCGACCUCAAUAUCUAUGAUGAAGCCAGUAUCAGAAUCCCCCAUUUGGAAUCCAUCCUGCGAAACUUGUGGUGGCGUGGCCGUCGCCAGUCGGCGAUCUGGGUCCUCUUCCAGAUCUUGGUCGCCCGAGGAUUCAUCGAUCCAGCAUGCCUGCAACGUCCCGUCGAUUUGCUUCGCAGAACGCCAUCUACCAGUCUUGUCACUGGCCUUCUUGGCUGCUUCAGCGGUGUACAUACUGACGUGAGCUUGGCAUUCGACGACAAAAUCUCUCUUCAGUCGGUUGAAUGGGCUGCAGAUGUUCAGUGGCUAGCUACCAUGAUUGUCCGUACCGGUAUGGAGCUAGACAACCUCUUCGACACGAUUGCCGCCACGAAGAUCUUGGGGCAAUGCGACGAGGAAAUACUGGCUUUGUAUCGACUGAUGUACCCAAUUGCCGAGCUACCAGCUGAAGGCCGUGAAAAUGAGCGAGAAGGAACACUGCUUCCGAGUGGUGAGGUUCCGCCUUCGAGAAAUCUUUUUGCCUUUUGGCUGCCACACGGCGUGAGCGCCAACGACGAAGCUCGCAACACUCAAAUUUCUUCCUGCCUCGCUCGCUUCGACGCCAUCGAGAAAGCUUACCGUCAGACGGAGGAAAUUCCUGAGAAUGAUCCUGUUUUCACCGGAGACCCCGAGGAAGGAAACCGCACUGGCGCUUGA